AAUACGAUUGAAAAUAUUUCACUGUUCGACUUGAGUCACUAGACGAUGAAGAUUCCCACACAAUCGCCCAGUGAAACAAUCCUCCCUUUGCGCCAUUUUCUUUAUUGAAGGUGUGCAUCUGUUUUUGUGUUUGUGUUGUGGUAUUUUGUAAACAGAAAUGGAGGAAAUCAAAAUAGACGAAAUUAAAACAGAUACCGUAGCUCAAAUUGAUUUAGGUAAAUUAUGUAGGACUUGUCUAGGGGAAAACGGAGAGAUGAGAUCUGUUUUUAUGAUGGAAGAAGCAACGGGACAAACGAUGAGUAUGGCUGAUAUGCUUAUGAGAUUUGCAAAUGUUGAGGUGGAUAAGGAGGAUGGUCUUCCACAAUUGAUAUGUCUUCAGUGCAUUUUGCAGUUAAGCAGAGGUUUUUCAUUCAAACAGUUGUGUGAACAGUCCGAUUGUAAUCUGAGACAAUAUCUUGGAAAACCCCCAAUAAAAUUAACAGAAAAAAAGGAAGAUCCUGAACAAUCUAACUUCAAUAAUUCUUUUUUAAUUGACUCGUUUAAUGAUAGCAGAGACUCAUAUAACGAUAGCAGUACUUCAAGUGACAGUGAAGAUUUUAAAGAAGAAAUUACUAUUGUUUCUCAUCCUGUGAUUGAGAAUGAAACUGAAGAAAAGGUAAUUGCACAUAAACAAUUGUUACAAAUUUCAAGAACUCAAAACGGUAACGAUAAAAAAAAGAAAUGCACAACAGAACUAAAAGGUUCAAAGAAACCUCAUGUUUGUAAUGUUUGUAAAAAGACACAUUUAUCUUUAAAAGCAUUCCGAAAGCAUCUGCGUACUCAUGUAGAAGACAGACCUUAUAAAUGCAAGCAAUGCUCAAAAAGUUUUACCGAAGAGAACUAUUUAAAUAAUCAUAUGAGAUCACACAUUCCCGAUUCAGAAAAACCGCACGAAUGUGAGUACUGUAAAAAGAGAUACACGCAUCCUACUCUAUUGAAUAACCAUAUGUUAAGGCACACUGGUGAAAGACCAUAUGUAUGUGAAAUUUGUAAUAAAGGAUGUUACGCGGAAAAUAGUUUGUUAAAACAUAUGAAAAUACACAUGAAAAAAAAGGGAGAUCCUGGAUUAUUGAAACAUAUAUGUGAUUAUUGCCGAACUGAAUAUCCAAGUGCUGAGGCAUUAUCAGUGCAUAUUAAACAACAUAGUGGCGAUAGACCGUAUCUAUGUAAUAUAUGUGGAAAAACUUUUCCACAAAGGUUUAAUCUUGAAUUGCAUUCCAGAACACACACAGGGGAAAGACCGUUUGAAUGUGAAAUUUGUAAAAAUGGUUAUGUAUCCAAAGCCAGUCUGAAGAUACAUAUGCGCACGCAUACUAACGAACGCCCAUUCGUGUGCGAUUUUUGUGGAAAAGCUUUCCGUCAAUCUGGGGACCUAACAAGCCAUAAAAGGCUUCAUGGAACAGACAAACCUAUAGAGUGUAAUGUUUGUUUAAAAAGAUUUACAACAGUAAUGAAACUUAAAUAUCACAUGCGCAACCACACUGGUGAAAGACCAUACGUGUGCACAGUAUGCAACAGGGGCUUUACAGUAAACACUAUUCUCCUUCGUCAUAUGCGAGUUCAUUCUGGAGAGAGACCGUAUGUGUGUGUCACGUGCGGAAAGGCAUUUUCGCAGUCUAGCACUUUACAUACUCAUAUGAAAGUUCAUCAGAAUGCAGACAAAUUUGACCAAGAAAAGGAAACCAAAUACGAUAAUGAAAUUAAGUACAACUCCAACCAACAGCAGACGCAGCAACAUAUCGUCAUUGAUAACGCCAACAGAUUAAUUCAACCAAUUCCAGAUUCACGGAUGCUACAACAAGCACAGCCAAUGAGAACGCUUCAAAGUGAUAACGUACACGACAGCUCAAGGUUACUAACCGAAGCCACACAUUUCCUAACCGAUAACCGAACAAUUCUAAACGAUAACUCUAGAAUUUUGGUGAACGAUCCGAGACUUGUUGUAAAUGUGGUGGAGCCGAAUCGGUUGCUUGUCCAAGAUAAUACCGGUAGACCGCUUAUAAAUGAUAAUCGGUUGGUCACGAUUGACAAUCGCCUACUCAAUAAUGUUAACGAUAACCGGCAAAUACAUGUUGCCGAAGGAACUCGGAUCUUGACAGAUAAAUAUAUAACGUACGAUUCGUAUCAUCGAGGUCAUAUGUAAUUUUUUUUAGACAUAAACAGUUGACGUUUAAUUUGUGAGUAUUGAACUUAUUGAAACCGGAAACACAUUGUAUGUAAAGUCUGUCUCAACAAGUGAAUACUUGACAAUUGUCUGUCAUACUAAUUCAAAAAUAAAUAGUAUUUUCUGUCAUUUUUUUUGAAUGUCUUCCGAAAAUUUCCCUGUCUUGUUGGACAUACUUUAUAUACUUAGCUUCAUACAUAUGUGUCUUAUGUAUUAAUUUAUUUAAUUUGUCUGGUAUAACUAUUAUACGGUGUGUCCAAAAAUAUUGCCAUAGUGUGUGUCAAAAAUUAAUCAACCUUAUUUUUCAGUAAACAUAUUUUUGAAACUGUCCACUAUACAAAGAGUACGUUCCACUAAGCACACAUAACGUUCACGCUCAAGAUCGCGAUUUUUCCCGUUCCACUUGCUUGCGAGCGUUACAAUCAUAAACUCAAGUGGAAUGGGUUAUGGGGCGUUUUAAGUUUUAAGCGUCAAUCCUGUCAAUGUAUGUAAAUAAAUAGUAAAUAAUAGUCAAAAUCACAGAAGAGAAUUCAAAAAAUCUGUCUAAAAAAAGAAAUCAAAAUGUCUUUGGCGACAGUUGGAUAUUUGGUGCAUCGGAAUGUGUCUGAAACUUCUUCAUCUAGUUCAGACGACUAGUGGAAUGCAAUUUUACAAUAUCGCGAUGUAAAAAACGAACACUUAGGCCACGUAUUAUUGGCUAUGAGAAUCUAUGAAAAUUUUUUAUCCUAAGUCGAUAAUCUUUUGUCUAAGUUUAAAAAAUUGCGCCAAAAUUCCUCAACGUCCACUUCGAUCCUAAUAUUCAGAUGGGUCGUUGUGAGCUCGGCGUGAGCGAAAAUAAUGACGUCAUUAGUGACGUUUACGCCGCGACCACAACGUUCGCGAUCGUCAUGUGGAACGACCGAAGGCAUAUUUUGAGCAUUAGGAGUACUUAGUGGAACGCACUCAAAAUACCGUAUGAUCGAAAAAACGGCGUCUAGUUGGCCUAAAAGUGACGAUCGAUGACGUUUUCCAUAUAAAAU